AGUCAUGAUCAUUAACCGCAUGCAAACAGCGAAUCGGAUGAUCUACAGGGCCAAUUAUGCCACACAGAGACUAAUUUCGCAACAAUAGGAGUGACGUUCGAUAGUGUUAUUCAACAGAUAUAUCCUCUCUUAACCCUUUUGCAAUAUCGUCCACGUACGAUACAACGGACUCGGAGACGUUCUGGUUUUUUCCCGCUCAGUAUUGCUGUUGAUAUUUCAUUUCAAACAUAUCGCUAGAAAUGUCUCACGAGAACAAGCGGCUGGUCCUCAAAUCGCCCGGCUUGAACUCAGGAAUUUGUCGCUAUGACUUCAAGUCGCAGAGAAAUUCGUGACAUCUGUGUCUCGAGGACCAUCUCCAGAUCAUCGGCAAAAGACUUCAGCUCCCCGAGACUCAGAGAGGAUUACAUUGCAAAAUAUCCUUUCUUGGAUGUGCUCUUACCUAUUUAGGCUAGAGCUUUACUUCCGGGGUGCGUCGGUUGGGACGUCAGUUUCAGCUCACUCACUUGGUUCAAUCUGCCACUUGUUUCAAUCGCAACAUGAUGUGGAUAUGACCAAGGUGCAAGGCGGCAAAGCCUAUAUUUCAUCGCCGGGCUCGUCCCCUCUGCAAUAGAGAUCGUGCCUACGAAGCAAGGGCAUGCUUCCCGAUUCUCGAGUCUCCUGUCUCAAAUCCUGAAUGUUUCAACGGUCAGCUCGGUGGAUACUCUUAUCCACAUUGACCGACACCGACCGGCGUAGUCAUGAAGAUAUCGAAGGCCAGGUAUAUAAGGCACUGUUCAUCCCUCUUUUUCUUACAGGCAUACCCCAUUCUCCCACCACUUUGCAAGUUCCUGGUCAUCGCGAAGAAAUCUGCUCCAAUGACGACAACAACUCGAAAGGAGCUCCCACCACACGAUCAUGUCGCAUGGGAGCAAUUAGACCACGAGUUCGGUAAACUUCUUGCUCAGAUUCCUCGCACAGGACCUCAACCGGCCCAUCUCAAUGGUCGCCGAUGGCACUUUGAGAACGAAUUAGUCCCGCAAGCGAGGGCAAUCCAGAUACAAUUCUUUCUUCCUAAAGAUGAGGAGUACGAGAUCAGAGACUUCAGCAUACCGGUGGAUGGGUAUGAUAUUGCCAUUCGUGGGAUCGUACCUGUUACGAACGAUGAUUCAGACGAACCUUUCCCAUUGAUGGUUUGGAUAUUCGGCGCUGGCGGCGUUUCUGGGUCAUACGACAUAGACGAUCUGUAUCUCAGACGAAAUGCAGUAGACACGAAAGUCUCCGUCGUUAUGAUGAACUAUCGCCUCGCACCUGAGAACCCCUUCCCAACAGGCUUAAACGAUUGCUAUAACGCUUUGAAAUGGAUUGCGGAGCAUACGUCCCUUUUCUCCGCCUCUAUUGACCGUGGCUUCAUCAUGACAGGGAUGUGCUUUGGAGCGAACUUAGCUACAGCCCUCGCUUUCCGUGCCCGCGAUGAUCCGUUCUUUGAAGGCCGGAGACCUACGGGCCUUGGUUUGCAGGCGCCACUUUUGUUGCAUCCUGAAUUGUGUCCGGAGAAGUAUGAGUCUGAGUUGAAAUCUCGUGUGACUCAUAAAACCGCGCGUCUGAUGAACAUGGAAAGACUCGCGAAGCUUGCCACCCUUUAUGGAGCACCCUUGGAGCAUCCCGAAUUCUCCAUCAUCCUCAAUGAAGACUACACGAAUCUCCCUCCCACAUACGUCCAAGUUUGUGGAGCCGAUCCCUUGCGCGACGAAGGUCGGCUUUUGAUUAAGCUGCUAAACCAGUCGGGUGUGGAGACAAAGAUCGACGAGUAUCCGGGCCUACCCCAUGCUGGGAAUAGGUUCUUUCCCGAGGCUCAGAUCUCGAAGGAUUGGCAUAAUGAUUGGGAGGAAGGCAUUCAAUGGUUGGUGAAAUUAGCCAGGCCGGAGGAGAAUAAGACUUCGGAUGAGAGCUUGUAAACCCUGGGUGAGUUGGGACCGGAUAAUGCAGGAACAUCUCCUUUUGUACUACCAGCGCAAUUGCAUUAGACGGAAAUAAAUCAGGUCAUUUUCCCCAACUCCCAGUAUCAAUGUAAACGCAACAUCUGGCUCAUUCAGAGGGUUGAGGAAGCGAUCGCGCGAUGCCUAGUCGCUGGUCUUCUUACCAGAGUACCCGGCGACUUGGAGCUAAAGGUCUGCGAGACAGAGACUACCAUGAAUUACAAGCUAAAGCUACAGCCAAUUCCAUCCAGCUACAAUACAG